GUUGGUUUCUCAGCAGAAAACGUCUCAUCCUGAUGGCAUUGACGUUCAAACGGAUGGAAUAACGCGGAGCAAAACACAGAACGGAAGAAGCAUUCAAACGGCCACAAACUAAGGACAAAGAUGAAGCUGGUGUCCCCAGUUUUCUUCAUUCUACUUCUUUUGUUUUGUGUCCAUUUUUCCUUGGCAAAAAGGGGGGGAGGCGGCGGCUUUGGAAAAGGCUUCGGUUCAAGGAAGACUUCUUGGUUUGGCAAAAGCAACACUCAAAGUAAAACAAGCACAGGUCAGAAGGGCUCUGUCUCUCAGGGUGGAUACCCUAAACAGCCUGGGCAACCAAAUCCAGGAGAUUACCCCCGUCAGCCUGGCAGAGGAGGCAACAAUAAUCAAUAUCCAGUACAGGGCUCCCCAUACGGAGGGGGUUAUGGCGGUCAUGGAGGUUAUGGUGGUCAUGGAGGUUAUGGCAGUUAUGGAGGCUAUGGUGGUUAUGGUGGUUAUGGAGGUUACCCAGGUGGAUUUAUAAACCACAACCCAAACAACAGAAUCCUGAGCCCACGCUACGGUGGCAGCAUGGGCUACUUGGGCAACAGAGCUACAGGUGGCUCUCCCUUUUCACACUCGGUUAACCAGAUGGGCUAUUACCCCAACGAUAGAUCCAGAGGGUUUGGACGCAGUGCGGUGAUGGCAGCAGCAGGAGGCGCCAUGGCUGGAAUGGCCCUAGGCUAUGGUUUAGGAAGAUUCCCCCGACCUCACUUCUACUUUCACAACCAACAGGAGGAGUACUACUACAACCACUACAUGUACAGAAGAUAUGGUACCAAGUCUGCUGGUACUAAUGACUACCAGUACAGAGACAACAAAUACAUCCCACCACCUGAUUCCUAUGACAGCUACAUGGACUCCUGCAUGAAAAGAGCAGACAUACUUCCUGGAGGGAAUCCAAAACCAAAGAACCAACCAGCUCCCACUCCAGAUGCUAACAGGGUGGACAACACAACAGAAACAAACUACACUGCAUCAGAAAACUCGUCAAACAUUCCACCUUCGCCUCAAAGUCCUAUGAAUCAGGUGGAUUCCAAUCCUGCAGAUGAUGAUGAUACAGUGAGCAUCACUGAGAUUGGCUACCCUGCACUGAUUGAGCAGAUAAAGGCCAGAAGAUGCUUGGAGCGCUACAUGAUUUACUCCGAAACAUACAUGACCAGACAGACAGCUGAUGGGGUGCAGUCGCUGGAGAUGGGCUUGAGAGGGUUUUUAGCUGUGUUCACAGGUACUUUGCUGAUGCUACUAAAUAGCAACAUGCUAAUGAUUCUGCACUGAAGCCUUUGAUAGCUGUGAAAGUGAUUAAGAAUGUGACAACAGAAAUGAGGUAAUUGACAGGAAAUGAUAAAGGAGAGAGGAACAUCUCACCUUUAAAGGACUCUUAUAUUUACCAUAAUAACAGGACGGCCAAUUUUCUCUCAGUAAAGCUAAGCUGGGAGCUCAAAUGCUGUUGCAAUGUCUUACUGCUGUUGUUCCAGCGUCAGGAAAGAGUUACACAAAGAGCAUCAACUAUGAGUUAAAUGGAAGGACUGCAUAAUGAACUAUGAAUCAGACUUUGAGAGCAUUAAUCCAUUAAUUGCAAUUUAGGACCAUAAUUAGUGCAUCAUUUAAAAAAAAUUCAUAUUUAAUCUUAUGCUUUAUUGUCACUUUCGGCACACUUUGAUUAAGACUGCAGCCACAGAGAUGUAAAAUUGGUACAUCAUUGCUCCUUAGUGUCUCAUUUAACUUUUAAAAACCUCAAAGACAGCUCAGUGAAAAUCUCAUUUAUCUGCCCCAUUUGUCAUCAAACAUUAAGCUUUUUACUUUUCCUCUACAUUCCUUUUAAAGCCAUUACAAGUUCCUUUUUCCAUGGUUAUGUUCAUGUCAUAAUCUUUGAUUAACCCAAAGUUCUUCAUUGUCUUUCAAAAUAAAAGCAGGUCUGUAUCCAAACAGGAAGUGAAUUGCCCUUUAAUAGAGUACAAAAUCCAAAAUGAAGCAAAAACUGUUUUAAAUGGAAAAUAGUGGGAUUUUGAAAUGGUGAGAUAAAUUGCAAAUAACUACAGAAAUCCUCAGAUUAAACUAGACAAAAAAGUUUUAUACAUUUGACAGUCAUGGUUAUAAAUGAUUUAAACUGAUAAGAUUUGAAUUAAGGUAACCAUGCCUAAAUUGAAGUAUAGAAGUAUAGAACAAGGGAAAUGGUGGCACCAUGGAGAUGUGAGGUUCAUCUUAAUUAGUAAAGCAGAAUGUUUUAAGUAACCAAAAUAUCCCUGCAUGUAGAAAGUUUUCACUCCUUUUGACCAAUUAGAGAAAAGCAUUUUAUGCAGUGUUUUUUCAUGGUGCUGCCUCUCGUGUUGGAUUGUAUCUGAAUAGACUCACGGAUCAAAAUAACUUCUGUUAAUCUUUAAAGAGGGACAAAAAUGUGUGAAAAUGUGUCGGAGCAUUGUGAUUACUUGAUAACCAAGGCCAACACCCUAAAACUUACAGUGUAAAAUAACCACAGUGGCAUCAAGUGGUGAAAUUGUCAAGUCCAUGAGAUACGUUUUUUUCAAAGAUAUAUAUUUUUGGGCUUUUUAUGCACCUGCUGAUAGAAGAGGACGAUGGGUAGAAUUGGAAACAGGGGCGAGAGCGCUGGGGAGAGACAUGUUGGAAAGGAGUCACAGGCCAGACCCGAACUAGGCCGCCCGUGCGUAUGGGGUGAGACCCAACCACUUGGUCAUCGGGGCCCCUGUCAUGAGAUAGAUUAAUGUUAGUUUAUUGUUGGAUGACUAAAAUUAGUCCACCCAUGGAAAGCAAAAGCUUGAGUCCCAAGAACAUCCUCAUGCAUUUUUGAGUGAUGUAAUCUGUCAGAACCUUUCAAAAUGAUACAUCGGGACAACAGGAUUUACAGAAGACUUUACACUUAAUAGGAGCUGGGUAUUUUAUUUUAGCUGUAACUUAAUCCUAUAAUGAACUAUCAGCUUUUGCAACACCUUAAAUGUGAGGAAAUUUCAUUGUAAGGUAGACUAGAACUUAUGAUAAAUUAGACUACAGUUGAACUUGUGCAUAACUGGUGGAGAUAUUCAUGUUUUCACUCUGAUUUUUUUGUGUUUAGUCUUAGAUCAGCCAUUAAGUAUUGAGGGUAUGAUGAUAAUUUUUCAGAGACUGUCUGCUUGCACCACUUAAAACCUUAAACAGUAUAAUGACACUACAUACAACAGCAUUUGAGUGGCCAACUGUGAGCUACCGUUAGAAGAAAAUGGCUGCUGUGUGAAAAUAUUCAAUUGUAUGUAUUUUUACUUCAUUACUUUAUCUUUAUAUGCCCACACUUCAUUCUUAUAUGUGCUUAUCAGCCGCCACAGACUGUUUUACUGAAGCAGAGUUAUGGGCAUGGUCAGAACAGAGAUGCACAGUGUUGAAAUUAAAUGCCUGUGAAAGAUGGAGUGCCCAUUAACAUUAUGCUGUAAUGUUUUGAUCGAAUGAGGAGCCUGACCCAUUAGUUGCCUUUCAGAUUCAAUUGAAGAUGCCCUCUAACCAGAUAGGUGCUGUGUGUUUGUUUAAGCGUUGUGUGUUUGUUCAGGGAAACUGGCACAGUUCUGUGGUUUCAGUCCCUCUAUUGUCUGCAUCUGUUUGGUGUCAGAGCCAGCACAGUCUGUCAUUAUGCUGAUCUGUUUAAACUGCUUUGCACUGAUGGGCACUUUGUUACAGUGUGAUAAUAUCAUAUCCACUCCAGUUUAUGUUGAAGGGCUGUCUCAUUCAAACACAUACAGGAGUCAUAAAACAGUGAACUAUAAUGCAAAACAAACAAUAACUCCACUAAUACUCUUAUGUAUCUUCUAUCACAUCACUACUUUAGACUAACAGGUUUUACACUACAAGUAAUUUGAGAUUAGUAUCUGUAUCAAAUCAAAUCUACUAAUUCCUGCAUAUUUAGGCUUUAUUAAGUGUAUAUCUUACAAAGCAUUUGAGCUAAAGAAACUCAAACCUAAAAACUCCAUAUCUGCCAAUCUAUUUGAAUAAACAGACUAUAAUAAUCAUGCUUCAGUCCUAACACUUCUUACAUUUCCUCAUUUAAAUCAGUGCAAAGCAAAGUACAGCUUUUCAGGGUCUUCAUGUAAUUUGUCCUUAAUUUCACUUGUAUAUACAUGUUUGUAUUUACUGCCAUUCUUUGUACAGUAUGAUUUAUAUUUUCUGAUAUCUUUUAUAUAUUUGCCUCGAUCCUCUCUUUUAUUCUGUCUCCCUCUACUCUUCCCUGGCUAUGAUUGCAGAAGUGCUCUUACUACAUAAACCCUCCUGAAGUACUGAUUUGAAGCAGAAACAAUCUUUAGAACCUCCUCAAUGUUUUUCUGCAUUUGUCAAGAUUUAACCAAAUCACAGAAGCUGGUGGUGGCACAGUAUACUCUCUAGAGCCUAAUUAAUUAAAGAGAUUUCAUGAUAAGACACACUUUCUUCAAUAAGUGACAUUUCGUAUCCUACACUUCUUUAGACUGUUUUCAAGUGAAGAUUGAGGUUAUCAACUUGAUAUACCAAAUAAGAUUUAAAAGCCAACCCUUCUCUGGUAUGAAUCGUGUCUGUGCUCAGCAAUAACACAAAUCCCCUCUGGAUUUAUCCUUUUAGCUUGCAGUCAUGACCACAUUUUACUCUCAACCACAUCUGUACCAUUACAACAAAGCCUUUUUGUGGAUCGAUUACAUAACAAUCUCUGACCACAAGUGGAAAAAAACCCUACAGUGUACCUUUCAUGUGGUUUUAUAUGCAAAGUUCAUCAUGUCAGCUUUUGAAUGUAUUUGAAUGUGUAUCACUUAAACACAUUUGAAUUCUUGUCUUGUAAAAUAAAUGUACAAACUUAA